AUGGCUCGCUCCUCGUGCUUCUACAUGUCCAUAAACUUGCUUUUCUUGUACUUGUGGUCACAUCCUAUUGGUGCUCACAAUCUCUCUCGUUCUGUAAAACCUCUGUGUCUCGAGAACGAAAUAUCUGCACUGCUGCAGUUUAAAGAGAGAUACGACAUCGCCAAUGUUUCGAGGGGUCCUCUCACUCGUCCCAAGAUUCUAUCCUGGAAUAAAGGUCGGGAUUGCUGCUCCUGGGAUGGAAUCGAGUGUGACGAGAACACCGGCCAUGUAAUUAUUCUCAACUUGAGAAGUAGUUUUCUCUAUGGUUCCAUCGACAGCAACAGUACCCUCUUCCAGCUUGCUCACCUUGAAAAGCUCGAUCUCAGCGACAAUCACUUCAACUAUUCUCAGAUACCGUCCCGAAUUGGGGAUCUAUUGAGAUUGACUUAUCUCAAUGUCUCUUAUUCCGUAUUUUCCGGUCGAGUCCCAUCAGAAAUCUUCAAGCUGACAAGGUUGGUGUACCUUGACCUGUGUUGCAAUCUUGAUCCAUAUACUUCUACACGUUUGUUGGAAAUGCAACCACUAGGCCUGAGAAGCCUAGCUCAAAAUGUGACCAGCCUGGAAGUACUGUCCCUUGGUGUCGUCGCUAUGUCGGCCAAAGUGCCCAACACUUUGGCCAAUCUGUCUUCCCUAAGAGCGCUGCAAAUGGAUGUGUGCGACCUGCACGGUGUAUUCCCGUCCGCCAUUUUCAAUUUACCAAAGUUGAUAUAUCUCGGGGUGGCUGACAAUAAAGCUCUCAUAGGACAAUUGCCUUACUUCAACUCAAGUAGUCCUCUUAAACAACUGCGAGUGCCUGGCACGAGCUUUUCUGAAAGCUACCCGCUUCAAUCGAAAAUCAAUUUAUAUGGCGAGAUUCCACCUUCAAUUGGAAACUUGUCUCAACUAGUGGAGUUAAGCUUUCUUGGCAACCAAUUAAGCGGUACUAUCCCAUCUCUGCUUAGGAACCUCACUCGGCUGACAACAUUGUACCUCCGAAGUAAUCAACUAUCAGGGCAAUAUCAGCGAAUCUCUCAUGAUACUAAACCUAAAAGGCAACAAUUUUUGCGGAAACAUUCUGAGCUCUUGGUGAGGGGGACGCGGUUGAUGAUGCUUGAUUUGAGUGACAAUCAGUUGCAAGGCAAUUUACCAAGGUCCUUAGCCAAUUGCAAGAUGCUCGAGUUCAUCAACUUUGCAAACAAUCUUAUUGUGGACAGCUUCCCAUCAUGGUUGGGAUCUCUACCGGAGCUUCGUGUCCUUAUUUUACGAUCCAAUAAAUUCCACCAUGUCAUAGAGAGGCCUCAAUCUAGUCAGACAUUCCUUAAGCUGCGAAUACUUGACCUCUCUAUUAAUGCAUUUGUCGGUAAGUUGCCCGUGGAAUUCUUUCAUUCUUUGAAUGGCAUGAAAUCCGAGACGGGAAACUUUACAUACAUGCACAAAAACCUACUGCCAAGAUGGUAUUUUUCCUUCACCUACUAUGGCAAUUACGAUUUCUCCAUGACAAUGAUUUACAAAGGGCUUGUAUUGUAUUACCCGAAGAUAUCAAAAGCCCUCACAGUCAUUGACCUCUCUAGCAAUUUGUUUGAAGGAGAGAUCCUGGGUGCCAUUGGUGAUCUUAAAGGAUUGCAGGGAUUGAACCUUUCAAAUAAUCUCCUCACCUUUGGUCAAAUCCCACCAUUGUUAGGGAAUCUCAAAGCGCUCGAGUCAUUGGACCUUUCUUUGAACAAACUCUCGGGGCAGAUCCCCCAGAAGCUAACAGAACUCGGGUUCCUUUCUGUCUUGAACAUGUCUUACAACAAUCUGACUGGGUCUGUGCCUAGAGGGAAACAGUUUGAUACGUUUUCAAAUGAUUCUUUCAAAGGAAACUCGGGACUAUGUGGGGAAUUCAUAUCCACAAAAUGUCAAGAUUCAGAGGAUAAGUCAGGACAACCUUCAACCCACCAAGAAGAAGGCCUGGGAUCGGCAAUUGAACUUGAUUGGAAAAUUGUUCUUUUGGGUUAUGGGAGCGGCUUGGUGAUUGGAGUGGUCCUCGGAAAUGCAUUCAUCUCCGGAAACAUGAUUGGUUUGAAGGAAAUGCCAGGAAGGCGACGGCCUAGUCGAAGCCACCUAGGAGGGGUAGGAACUCUUGGUUUGCCUAUUGACGCGCACAUCCUCUCUCGUUCUGUGAAACCUCUUUGUCUCGAGGAUGAAAUGUCUGCACUGCUACAGUUUAAAGAGAGUCUAGAUGAUAGACUUUUGUUGGAGAUGAAAGCGCUGGGCCUGAGAAGGCUAUCUCAAAAUCUGACCGGCCUAGAAGAACUUCUCCUUGGUCACGUCAACAUGUCGUCCCAAGUGCCCAACACCCUGGCGAAUCUGUCUUCACUAAGAAGGCUGAACAUGGAUGUGUGUGACCUGCACGGUAUAUUUCCGCCUGCCAUUUUUCAUUUACCGAAGCUGCAAUAUAUUAGUGUGGAUGACAAUGAGGAUCUCACGGGCCGCUUGCCUAACUUCAACUCGAGUAGUCCUCUUAAAGAGCUGCAACUGGGAGACACAAGCUUUUAUGGGGAGCUACCGGCUUCAAUCGGUAAUCUCCGCUCCUUGGAGAUGUUGGAUCUUAAUUCCUGCAAUUUGACAGGGUCCCUACCUAUGUCAAUCGGAAACCUUCCUUUGUUGAGUUAUCUUGACAUAGGUCAUAACAACUUCUCAGGAUCCAUCCCGGCUUCAUUUGCUAACCUUAGCAACCUAAAAAACCUAGAUGUCGGAAUGAACCCAUUCGCUGCCCAGUCCGCUUCCUCUUUGUCUUGGGUUUGGAAGAUGAAAAAGCUUGCCACUUUGAACCUCUGGAGGAUCAAUUUAUAUGGUGAAAUUCCCCCUUCAAUCGGAAACUUGUCUCAACUUGUGGAGUUAUCCUUUUUUGGCAACCAGUUAAGCGGUACCAUCCCAUCUCAACUCAUGAACCUCACUCAGCUAACUGAUUUGCGACUCCAAACCAAUCAACUAUCAGGUUCUAUACCUUCUUGGCUUGUGAACAUGACUCAACUAGUCGUGCUUGACCUUUCGCGCAAUAAAUUCCACGGCCAGAUACCUUCAUCAAUCUAUCAACUCCAAAAUCUCCAAGUGCUCCGCCUUUUCGAAAACAACUUUAGCGGUACUGUUGAACUAGACAACUUUCUCAAGCUCAAACAAUUGGAGGUGCUCCAACUAUCAUCUAACCGGCUAUCAUGCCGCACGAGUAGCGCAAAUGUUAUUCUUCCUCAACUUGAGGUCCUAGGACUGGCAUCAUGCAAUUUGAGAGAGUUUCCGGCAUUCUUGCAAACCCAAAAGGAUAUGAAUUGGUUGGACCUGUCGGAUAACAACAUUACGGGAGAAGUGCCCUUUUGGGUAUGGGACGGAAGAUUUAAAAAGAUGCAGUACCUCAAUCUCUCCCAUAACUUCUUAACUGGCCUUGAUCGAUAUUACCCGAUCAAUCCUUUGUAUAUGUACACGAUAGACCUAUCUCAUAUCAUGUUAAAAGGACCACUCCCUGAAGCACCGUUGUCCAUAGUUUCCUAUAUAGUAUCCAACAACAGGCUGACGGGAGCAUUGCCACCAUGGUCUUGGAAUGCCAUGAAAUCUAAGAUGGGGAACUUUUCAUACAUGCACAAAGAUCUACAUCCAUCGGCGUGGCUUUCAUACACCUACUAUGGCGAUUAUGAUUUCUCCAUGAUAGUGAUUUACAAAGGUCUUAAAUGGUAUUACCCAAAGAUACUAGAUGUCUUCACAGUCAUCAACCUAUCUAGCAAUUCGUUCGAAGGAGAGAUCCCUGGUGCCAUAGGUGAUCUCAAAGGAUUGCACGGACUAAACCUUUCCAACAAUUUCCUCACUGGUCACAUCCCAUCAUCAUUAGGGAAUCUCACAGCACUUGAGUCGUUGGAUCUUUCUCGAAACAAACUCUGGGGACAAAUCCCCACAAAGCUAAUAGAACUCGGGUUCCUUUCUUUCCUAAAUUUGUCUUGCAAUAAUCUGACGGGAUCUGUGCCCAAAGGGAAACAGUUCGAUAUGUUUACGGAUGAUUCCUUUAAAGGGAACACAAGACUGUGUGGGGAAUUCAUAUCCAUGAAAUGUCGAAAUUUAGAGAAUGCAUCGGGACAACCUUCAACCCAACAAGAAGAAGAUUUGGGAUCACCAAGUGAACUCAAUUGGAAAAUUGUUUUGAUGGGGUAUGGAAGUGGCUUAGUGAUUGGAGUGGUCAUCGGAAAUGCACUCAUCUCCUGGAAACAUCACCCGAGCACCGACGCCGCCUCGCCACUCUCGUUGCACCCCUCGCGCUCGCACCACCGCCGCCAUUCCGCCGGUCAUCCGAAGCUCCGCCCGAGCCGCGACCCCCACCGAGCUCUGCUGGUUUUGCCCGCGAAGCCACUGACCCCCACCGAGCUCGCACCCGAGCACCGACGCCGCCUCCGUUCGAGCUCCCGUGCUACUGAUCUACCACCGCCUGAACGACGCCCCCUGCUCUACUCGCUGACGCCAGCUGAAACCGUGUCGAUCCUUGCCGCCCUCACCAGCCGCGAUACCAGCAGCCCGUCAAAGCCACUCUUUGUGCUGAUCUGCGUCGACCCGACGUCGCGCGUCCCCGAGCCCCCUGCUGCAGCGCCGCUCGCUUGCGCUGCCCUCCCCUGCGAAGCCACUGCUGCCCUUGCUGCUGGGUCCUCCUCUACUCGACGCCCGACAGGUCUGCUCCAAGAUUUACCUCUCUCUUUGCCUGAAAUGAAGCUUCUCUAUAGUUGUUUCUGUUAUUUGGAUGACAAGGUAUGA